CUGUGAUGCAGACAGCGAAUCACAUGAGCAGGGAUCUGUUUACAAACUGAGAGCUGAAGACGAGAAGUGGAGAGGGGAGAGACGAGGAAGAAGAGAGGAGGAGAGUGAAUGAGAGAAGAAAAUACAGGAGAGGAGAGGAGAGCCUGGAUCUGAAUUAACAUUAGCCGCAUUGUCUUCCUGUGUUUUAUACCUCCCUGUGCUGUGUGCUCAGAGCAGGAAGGCAGGGGUAGAGAUGAGGAGCUGCCUUCCACAGGAACACCACUGAGGCUGCCUGCCUGCCUGGCUGCCUGGUUGGCUGGCUGUGCUGCCGGGGAACCCAUCCAUGUCCUUCCUUUUGUCUCUCCAUAAUUGGCCACGGCAGGUUUUCAUCAGCCUGAGAGGAGGAAAGCGACAUGGAGAUCUAAAAGGAGAGGGAAGAGGAAAAGGAGGAAAGGAAGAGAGAAGAGAAAAGAAAAUAAAGAAGGGAGGGAGAGCCUCGUGACAAUGUUUUGAAAAGGAGACAAAGGAAAAAAGCAGGGAGUGUGCACGGCCAGAGGUUCAUAACCAGAGUGCUGGGUGGGAUUUGGAAGUACAUUUCCUCGUAUUAUCAGUGACAUUGGUGUCUUUUUAUCCACAGCGCUCACAGGUUUAUCUCCAAGACUGGUUUCUUUGUCAUGCAGGACGGAGGACACAAAGAAACACUCAGAUUUCUUUCUCUGACAUAUUUACAGUUGUCUGGGAGUCUAAAUCUCAAUUAAUGUGGAUGUUUGCAUCAUAUUAUUUGAUAGUAAAUCAUCACUGCUGACUGAAUAAUCACUGUUCGAUUGAGCAGAUGUCUUCUUGAGGAACUGGGAGUCUCUAAUCAGGUCUGCUUACUCCAGACCACAAGGAUUUAACUCACUGCACAUCCUCGCUAUCAACAAUCAGGGUUAAACUAGUCUGAACUCAAAAGGCAGUGGACAUAAAAGUCACAACUGAUCCUUUUCAUUUCCAGAAACACAUUUCAGAAAAUUUGUGGAAACUAGAGUUUGUGAUAUUGAAGAGGUCGCGACCCCUGCAGCUCUCUGGCUUUGUCGUCCGAGCAUCUGCAUAUUUGAUGCACUCUGUCCAAUGGUGUAACGGGUGCCUGUGUGACCUUCGAUUGAAGAACUCCAACCCCUACUGCAGAAUGACAUCUGAAGUGCUCUUCCACCUGCCCCUCAACAUCUACAUCAUCAUCCUGGGCAUUGGCCUCUUCAUCCUCAUGCUCAGCCUCAUCUUCUGCUGCUACCUGUUCAGACUGAGGCGUCAAGGUGCAAGAGAACAGUACGGCUACAAUGAGGUUGUUUUGAAAGGAGCGGGGAAGAAACUGAGCCUUCUUGGUCAAACAUGCGCAGUGUGUUUAGAAGAGUUUCGCAGCAGGGACGAGCUUGGAGUGUGCCCAUGUUCCCAUGCUUUUCACAAGAAGUGUUUGCUAAAAUGGUUAGAAAUCCGCAGCGUCUGCCCUAUGUGCAACAAGCCCAUUUGUCGCCUCCAGCCUGACCCCCCACAAGCACCCGAGCAGCCACAGAGUCUCCUGGAGGUCUGAGAGGGGAACGUCUGUCCAGCAGCACCUCACGCUCUCCACUCAGUUGACACCUGUCACCACAGAGGGUCCUGUUGCACAGUCCAACAGUAACAUUUUCUGAGGCAGAGCUACUCUGGCAGUAGAAAUUUUAGAAACUGUAAGUACCAAGCCAAAGAACCUACCUGGCAAACUAUGUGGAGAUGGGGAUUGUAACACUGACACAGAGGUGGUAAUGGUGAUGACUUUUCACUAAUACUUGAUAUGGUAUUCAUGAUAGUGGAUAAAGACUCACUAUCAAACCUAGAUACUGCAAUUUUCAGUACAAACCUAGGUUGUCCAUGUGCCUUAAAGCUGCAGAUCCUCUGAAGGCCACUAAAAUCACAUUCAGACUGGGUUAUAAAAUUGGCUGUCAGCUAGCUAACUCCACUUUAUAUGUGUGUAUUGGUAGGAAUCUUAAGAUUUAUUAAGAGAGUAAGGAGGGCUGUGUUUGCUCAACCUACACAUAACGAAGGCUUUCUCUCAAUCAUAGGGGUCACACCACAGAUCAUAAAACUAUAUAUUUUCUCAUCUAAUUCUUUAUGUAGCAAAUGCACUUCUGCUUGUCUUUUUCAGUGGGCUUAAGUUUAAUGUUAAUUACAGUAGCCUAAAGGAAAACUAUGGUUCUUUGGCUUCAACCACUGACCUUCCUUCCAUCAUGUAGAAAUGUUGGUGCAAUUAAAAAGGUCUGUGACAGCAACACAAAAUCACCAAGGGUUUAGCAUUUACCAUCAUCAUCAAAAUCACAGCAUCAUCAGCAAGCAGUGUAUUUUAUCAUCCAACUGUGGAGAUACCAGCUAACUGUCACUAGUGAAUGCAGUGGCAAGAAACGUUUGUAAACCUUAUGGAAUGACCUGGUUUUCUGCAUUAAUUGUUCAGAAAAUGUGAUCUGAUCGUCAUUUAAAUCACAAGUACAGACAAACAGCAUGCUUAAGGUAAUAUCACACUCAAUUAUAACCAUGUGUUUCUGUAGUGAACACACUGGUCGAACCUCAGCAGCAGUAACCUCAAACAAGCUCUUCUGGUAGCUGAGGAUCAGACCUACACAAAGUUCAGAAGGAAUUUUGGACCAGGAAAUCUGCUGUGAACAGCUGUUUCAGCUCAUUCCACAGCAUCUCUUUGGUCUAGGCUCUGAUUCCAACAGGCAAAGUUUCUUUGUUUGACUUCAGUCUGUACUAGAUUUACUUCACUGUUUAGGGUCAUUGUCCUGCUGCAUCACCCAGCCUCCACUGAGUUUCAGCUGGCAGACAACCAUUAUGACAUUAGAAUUCAUGAUUGCAAUUAAGAUGAAGGUCUGAGCACCUGUUAAAAACAGAUUUGUUUUACAUUCAAUGAAGGUAAUUCCAAGGGAUUCUCUUACUUUUUCUUGCCACUGUAUUCAAGGAGUAAGUCAGAUAAGCUUUAGAAAGGGUUCAUCUAUGUCACCCAGUUAUGUUGGGCCCACAGCAUUUUGAGGAUGGUGAUGUGUAGUGCCACUUCUCAACUCAACUAAUGAGAUUAUUUCUGCCUCCAGAGCAGCUCUGCCUCUGAGAAAUGUUUGUAUGACAGCUUUUUUUUUUCAGUUUGCCCCAUAAUUAUGUGCAGCUCCUCAUGAAUAUGAUGUGUCAUGGUCUUGAGCCACAACUUAAUAACCUGGAGCUUGGAGGGAGGAAGAUUCAACCACCAGAAAACACCAGCUUUGAAGAUACCAGAUGCUCCUUUGGUGCACAGAUGCUCCAGAUUUGAUGGCAAAUAGAGAGACUGUAGGGAAAGAUGUGCAGUUGAGGAAAAGAGGACUUUUACAGUCAAAAUAAGUCCUGUUUAAAUGAGCAAAACAGGACAAUUGUAAACUAACGAGAUACAGGUGUGUGUGUAAUUUGGCUGCCAUCUUCAGCUCCAUCAGACAGUGUGUUGCCAAGAUGAAUGAAGGUAGUGAGGCCCUAAACGGCAAGACAGUCGAGUCAUAUGGGAUUUGAUAGAAAAGACAACUACAUGCUGUCACAUGCCUACUCAGCUACAAUUAAAAGUCCGCAGUGACUCAACCACUGAAAUAACACACAUAUAAAGAUAUAAAUGGUUUUUAAGUUAUUUUUGAGGAACUGUUUUGUAUCAUGACUGGACUUCAAUAAAGGGUAUAGUAUGUCAGCUAAAA